CUGCCAGCACGUCCAGCAGCUCAGAGACGUUCCCACAAUGAGUGAAAGCUGUAUCACGACAGGACUGAGUCUAAUUAUACACCCACAGAGAGAGGGAGAAAUAGGAGGGGGUCACAAAGGGCGAGCUGAAGUGUGUGAGUCUGUGCGUGUGUGUGUGCGUGAAGCCGAAAGAAAGCAGAGCGAGCUUUAGAGAGAGAGAGAGAGAGAGAGAGGGAGCGAGCUCACAGCGGGCGAGACAGAAAAAUACAGAAGAUACAGCAAAAGAGUGACUAGGUGAGGACAAGAUAAGGAAAAAGACAUAGUUUACAGCAUCAUGCUGGAUAUUCCCGUCUGCUGUGCUACUGCUGCUUUCCCAUGAUCAUUCAGUGUAUCUCUCACCAUAAAAAGACACCCAAAGAGUGAGUAAGGCGAGUGGGCGACAGCAGCAACUGGUCUGCCUGUGUGUUGUUGCACAGCAGACAAGCCUCACACUGCACGAUAUUACUCAUUUCCUUAGCCUUGUGUACAUGCACACACACACACGCACAAACUCUCACACUUUUUCACAGUCAGCCUCGCAGCCCUUUCGACAUGGUGUGACACCACAAUUUGCCUGUAGAUUUGCACACACCAUUGCCUUAGUGGUGUGUUUGUGUGUGUGUGUGUGUGUGUGUGGAAGAGAUGCAGGUGUGAUGGACUGCUGGAGUAAGUGGCGUCACACGGAUAUCUGCUCAGCACACCCCAUCAAGGUCAGUCGCAUCAGGUGAGUGGGAGUUCUGAACGUGGCCGUGUGUGACACGUUGCGUGCGUGAUGCUGAUCAGCAGAAGAAAAUGUCUCUCUCCUAGCCCCUUGUUUUCCCCAGCCCAUGUAACCUAGUGUGGCCCAGAAGGCCCGGGGGAUUGUCCCAUGAAUCCAAGCCCAGACCGCAGCAAGGAGUGUCUCCCCCCAAAAAAGCGGGAGUCCCGACAGGGCUCGUCAGAUCAACAAGCCCCAGAAGAUGACUUCAAACCCCCUGCCCCUUUCCGAAGCCGAAGGCAGCAUCACUCCACCGAGGGUCACAGAGAGAGUGGGGAUCUUCUACCACCCCCUCCCCCCAUGCUGCCACCUCUUCCUCUGUCAUUGCCUUGGCAGGUGUCCUAUACUCCCUCCAUGCAUCACUCGUACUUGCCGGUCCAGGUGGGAGAGCGGCGAGGGUCAUCUUCGGCAUCCUGGAGAGAGCCAUUGUGUGGGCGGGGUAUGGAUGGAGGACUGGAGCAUACCAUUCCCCACCACUCUCGCUGGCUGAGCAGUGACAUCCCCCCCAUUAGUGUGCAACCACUCAUCUCUGUGCCCACGUUCAAGAGUGUCUACACAGCCGAGUCCAGGGAAAUGUGGUCCUACGGCCCCAGUCGGCGGGACUAUAGCUCGUCUCUCUUCUCCCCCCAUCUCUUUCCACAACCUACAGUUUAUCCCCAUGACACCCUCCCUGACAGCAGACUCAGGUACCAAGGCAGACGGCCCAAUGGUGUUGAUAGCCCAGACAGCAGGUCUGGACCUAGCAGAAGGUUGCCCGCUUGUGAUGACUAUGGGAACGACAGUGUAACCAGGUUGGAUGGUCCACAUGCCAAUGGCAGGAGAAGACAGGAGAAUACAUCAAGACAGACCCUUGGAAGAGGCCUUUUGCCACGAGAGAACACAAGUUCACAUUCCUCAUCGUGGGACAGGGACCGUCGGGGAACACCCAAAGCUCCAAUGCCCCCCUCAUCAGACACAAAAACAGGAAAGGCAAUCACUUCUCAGGACCAUUUUGGUGUUAGUGCCUCUCAGGCUGGAGCUCAGAUCUACUAUGCUCUGGGGUCCCUUUGCCCUUCUGCUCAGCAGAACCCUCACGCAUAUCCACAACAUAGUCCUUCUGUGUCCUGUUCCCCAAGGAAUUCCCAGUACUCCCUGCAAAGCCAACAAAACAGCCAUGGGGUUGAGACAGAAUGGGAUCCCUCUGCAGGGUCCUACCGCCCUCCUGUCGCUGUGCUCACUGGCCCUGACCCACCCCCUUCUGCAGUCCUACCUCAUUUUGCCAAAGGUUCCCUGAUUGAGCUGGCCGGUGGCCAUCUGAAGAGGGUGGAGGAGCUCAAGACGGAGGAUUUCUUACGGAGUGCUGACACCUUGCCUGAGUUUCACCUGAGCACCUGCACUAUUCUGUUAAUCUCGCCAGGACCCACUUAUGGCUUCAACCACUUGCAGGUCUUACUCACAGACCGCAACACUCAGGAGCUACUCACAGUCUUAGCAGAGUAUCCGUUUUUCGUCCGGGACCGCGGCUGGUCUUCCUGCAGUCCCCAGCGGAGCGCCCAGCUGUACGGCCUGCAGUGUCGUCAGCUCAGCACCGGUGACGUGUGUCUGGCCCUGACUCCCACACCUUCUUCAAGCACUCAGGUGCAGCGUGCGCACAUACGUGCAGGGGCUGCGGUGGAGCACUGCGAAGAGAUGGCAGAGAGGAUGCCCCCUCCCCCUGCGCCUCCGUCUGCCCCAGUGCUCCAGCCUUCUUCUUCUAAUUCGAUAAGCGAGCGACCCCGCACCCGCAAGAGACGCUGGUCCGCCCCCGAGCUGGAGCCAGGAAGCAAGACUAGCACCCAUUUACCUCAAGGCUCCAAGCUCGAGAGACGGCAGUAAUGUUUCUAAUCGACUUCACACCACAGGAAGGUUUAGCGACUGAUUAUUGGUAACCUCAUCGAUAUAAUGGAAUAGCUAGUAAAUUGGUCUUCUCCUGUUAAACAUGAUUUCAGAAUGUAGAACAACAUGCUAGCAAAUCCCAAAAUGCACAAUGAGACAAUCAAAAAUCACUUAUUUGUGAUGCCUCGCACCUUUUAGUUAUGCUAAUCUCAAGCCUCUUUCUGCAGGGUAUUUUUUUUAAUCAGUAUUAUAACAAACUAAUACUACUGGAUGGAAAAAAGACAAAGUACACAAUUAUGGGAAUAUAUCAUUACAAGUGUUCUGUGAAUAUGCUAAACGAAAUAGUCUACUGUUAUUUUCGUAAUGCAGUCUUGUUUCAUGCUUAUGAACUGCGUUUGUACCUUCAGUCUAGCAGGCAAGCUGAAUGUAUUAGCAGCCUUCAGCCAAGCUUUCAGUGUGGGGUCAAUAUGCUAGUUCACUUUAGCAUUAUACACUCCAGCCUGUUCUUACCCAGGGAAGAGACACUAAUGAUGGAAUGAAACCAAACUCACACAAGACCCUGGGCCUGGUGUUUUUAAAGAGCGAUGGUGCUAAUGACAUCAGAAAAGUCCUCUGGUGAUAUGUGGGUUUCCCUUUGACCUUUCCUUGUGACUGAGAGCAGGGAAAAAUGACAGAAAUCUAGUGUUUUGAACUCAGAUACGGGUAUAUCUACUCUUGAUUAAGCACACUCUAUCACUUUAUUUUUCUCUGAUUUAUUUUUUGUUGUUGUGGUUUCUCAAAUAAUAUUUGCUGUUAGUUUUUUUUUCUUUAUAAAUGUUCUAAAAUGCUCUAAAAUUGUAUAUUUUUAAAGUUGUGAGACUGUAAUACAAUGUUCGCUAGAAAUAAAAGAAUGGCUUUUUAGAUUUA